AGGGAACAGAGACGUUACAUCCCUUUGCCACAUUGCUGUUUUGAUGAACGGCCAGGUCACUGGGCUUGGCUCCUCAGCGAAGACGUGAAUUCAGGCAUCAGAUUGUUAUGUCUUUGAUGUUGGGGUGAUGUUCAGCACAGCAAAUCAGUCAGAACAGAACGUGCUCCAUACUGGAGACAUGAGCAUGGGGAUGCUCUCUAGAUUUGCAUAACAGGCAAGAUUAGACAUGAAUGAAAGCAUGGCCAAAGGGUUUUCUCUGUGCCUGUUGUUUUGGCUGCUUGCACCUGUGACCAGAUGCCAGAACAGAAGACAGUCUGGAGAAAGAUUGAACUAUCUCACCACAAAACAGGACAAUGAUUUUGUAUGCACACUAGAUAUUGCAUUCAUUCUGGACAGCUCAGAGAGUGCGAAGAGCCUUCUGUUUGAUAAAGAGAAAGCAUUUGUGCGCUCCUUCAGCAAGCAGUUAGUGCAGAUGCAGGUGUCUGACUGGCAUCUGAAAACCCGUAUGGCGCUCAUCUACUACAGCAGCUCAGUCCAUAUCGACCAGCGCUUCAGAGACUGGAAGGACAUUGACAUUUUCCUGAGCAGAUUGGCGGACGCAAUCUACAUUGGCCAGGGAACGUACUCCACAUACGCCAUAUCCAACGCCACUGAACUCUUCACCAGCGAGACCAAGGAGAAAAGUGUGAGGGUGGCUUUGCUCAUGACUGACGGCAUGGACCAUCCGCGGAAUCCAGACAUCAUGACAGCGGUCGACAAGGCUACAGACCACAACAUCAAGAUCUUUCCAAUUGGCUUAUCAAACCUGGCAAAGAAUAACAUGAAGAGUGCCAAAUGGCAGGUGGUAGCGAGCAGCCCAGCGCAGCAGUACUUCCACAGCCUCACUGACCCCCAUCUGGAGGAACGGCUCCUGCAGCAGCUCGAAACAAUUGCAAAGAAUGAAUGUCCACAGCCACCAGUGUGUUUGUGUAAGAAAGGUGAACGUGGUCCUUCAGGAGCUCCUGGUAAAAAAGGAAAGCAAGGUUAUGAUGGAUCACCUGGUCAAAAAGGCUCAGGGGGGGAACCAGGAGCACCUGGUAUUCCAGGAAUCAAUGGUCCAGAGGGAAGACCUGGGUUCAAAGGUGAUAAGGGGGAUCGAGGUAACUGUGGACCACCAGGACAAAAGGGACAUAAGGGCACUGAAGGACCUCCAGGGCCGAGGGGCCCUAGAGGAGAGCAGGGUCUGAAAGGGCCUACAGGAGACAAGGGACGUGAGGGUUCAGCAGGACCUAAAGGUGAUCGAGGGCCGCUUGGUGCAUCUGGUCCACCCGGAGAUAUUGGAGUCGGAUUCCCUGGUCCAAAGGGAGACAAAGGGAACCCAGGACGAGCAGGUCUUCCUGGUCAAGGGGGCAUAGGUCAGCCAGGACAACCUGGUCCUCCAGGUUUACCAGGAGCACAGGGGAACCCAGGAGCUCAGGGCGAAGGACUUCCUGGGCCAAAGGGUGACCGCGGCUAUAUCGGCUCUACAGGUGGACGUGGACCCCCAGGUUAUGGAAUUAAAGGUGAAAAGGGUGAUGCGGGACCCUCUGGACCACCUGGAACAAUAGGAAUGCCUGGCAGGGGCAUUCAAGGAGAGAAAGGGAAUCAGGGACCAGCCGGUCCUCCUGGUCAAAGAGGGAAUCCUGGGAUAGGACUCGCAGGACCAGAGGGACUACAGGGCUUCCCUGGAGAUCCUGGAGCCCCUGGAGAAAGAGGUAUUGGAGAACCAGGACCCAAAGGUGAACCUGGAUUACGAGGUUUACCAGGUGAGCCAGGAGUACCAGGAGAAGAUGGACCCAAUGGACCAAAGGGUGAAAUAGGCUUACCAGGACCCAAAGGACAAGACGGACCUCCAGGAAAGGGCCUGCCAGGAGAGAAGGGGGAUCGAGGGGAGACGGGCUCCAAAGGCCAACCAGGACCACUGGGACCAGCUGGACCAGUAGGAGCAAAGGGAGAACCAGGGAAUGUUGGAAUUCCAGGUGUUCCUGGGCCUCAAGGAAGGGGCAUACCGGGACCCAAGGGAGAUCCAGGGCCGCUUGGUCCACUAGGUCCUGCUGGAGAACCAGGGAUAGGCAUUGCAGGGCCGAAGGGUGAAAUAGGGUUACGAGGCCCCAUUGGACCACCAGGUUCGAAGGGAGAAGGACAUCCAGGCCCACCUGGGCCACCAGGUCUGCCAGGUCUUACAGGAGAGACUGGGCCAGAGGGAAUAGGUUUAACUGGACCAAAGGGGGAUCGAGGCCCUCCAGGUCCACCAGGGCCUGCUGGAGCACCAGGUCUUGGGCAAAUGGGCCCAAAGGGCUCCAUUGGUCAGACUGGUCCAGCUGGUCCUCCAGGAUUACCAGGAGAGGGCAUUCAAGGACCAAAGGGUGAUCCUGGAUAUCAGGGUAUACAGGGGCCAAGAGGGUUUCCCGGAGAGGGUCUUCUGGGCCAGAAGGGCAAUCGUGGGUUUCCAGGAGCACACGGACGUAAAGGAGACAGAGGAAGCCAGGGAGAACCAGGAUCUACAGGACCACACGGUAAUACGGGAACGAAAGGAGAACCUGGUCUCACAAGAGAGGACAUAAUCACUUUAAUCCGAUCUAUUUGUGGCUGUGGUCGGAUCUGCAGAGUACAGCCUCUGGAGCUGGUGUUUGUGAUUGACAGCUCUGAGAGCGUCGGCCCGGAAAACUUUGAGAUCAUUAAGGACUUUGUGAAUAUCUUGAUUGACCGUGUGUCAGUCAGUCCUGAGGUCACACGUGUCGGUGUGGUUCUCUACAGCCACGUUAACCUGGUGGUCACAAGCCUACAAGAGAGGUUAAGUCGUGAAGAAUUGAAAUCAGCCGUGCGCAGGAUGUCCUACAUUGGGGAAGGCACUUACACAGGAAGUGGCAUCAGAAAGGCCAAUGAGAUCUUCCGCUUUGCUCGGCCCGGUGUGAAGAAAGUGGCUGUGGUUAUUACAGACGGCCAGACGGAUCAUCGGGACCCGGUGAAGCUGGAGGAUGCGGUCAGAGAGGCCCAUUCAGCCAAUAUCACCAUGUUGGCUAUAGGAGUGGUGAAUCAAAGUGAUCCCAUCUAUGAUGAAUUUAAGCAGGAGCUAAACUUAAUAGCGUCGCCGCCCACUGAAGAGCACAUGUUUUCCACAAUGGACUUCACGAUGCUUCCUGAAGUGGAAAUUAAGUUGCUUCAUGAGGUCUGUGAGAACGCUGAUGGUUCGACAUUCAGCACUACCUUCAGCUCCAAGGCAGGUGCAGUUGGAGAGUUGUUCCCCUACAAUGAUCCCAAAUCAUACGACACAGACAUUACUGGCACCACAGCACCUUAUUUGGAAAGAGACGAGCUGAACCUCCUUCCAGAUUUCUCUCUCACGUCUUUGGACCGGCCGAAACAGGACACACACAGGACUGACCCACCGCUGCUCAUAAAGAAUGAUUCCACUGCAGAGGAGGGAUGCCUUCAGACUCUGGAUCCCGGUCCGUGUCAAGAGUAUGUGAUUAAAUGGUAUUUUGAUCCAAAGUCCAAUUCAUGUGCUCAGUUCUGGUUCGGAGGUUGCCAAGGCAAUAAAAACCAGUUUGAUAAUCAAGAAGCCUGCAGAAAAUCCUGUGUGAAAGUGUAAAUCUUAUCAUUAGAGCACUGAGCCAGACUCAAAAGCAUGGGAUGCUAAAAAAAGAAAUCAAGCUAAAUGGCUCUUUAUAAUUUAAAUGUAUAAUAAAGAAUCUUGAUGUACAAUAAAGAUUUUUACUGUGAACAUUUAAAACAAACUAAACUUGAACAAUCUCCUAACGGCAUAUAUUGAUAUAUAUACAGAAUUUUAUUGUACUUUAUUGAAAAUAUCAAAUAGUGGCUUUUUUUUCAAAUACAUUUUUAGAUAAUUCUUAAUAAGUAAUAAUUCUGGCUCAGAGAAAAUGCAGUGACAUUCAGACAUUUCUCGAUGUGGCACCUGAACAAAUAUUCACACAGAAAAACAGUCUGUAACCUCCAAUGUUCUCAUGUAAACUAGCUUUUGGUCACAUUAAACGUCCUUGUGUGUGUG